UCCUUUAAUAAACGCGACAUUUUGCUUGUAUAAAUGUAAUGUUGUUGCUGCUUGUUAUCAGGAGCAGACCCUGUACUAUCUACAGGAUCUCAACGCCGUAGAUUUUACAUGUUUUACCAACGCUUACUUUAACUCGUAUAUACUUUACCAGGUAUUAAUAUUUCCGUCCCAGAAGUCUGGGAAUAGCUUGAGCUCUGCUAAUAUUUGGGUUCAUGUUGUGGGAUCACAUACAGAAACAGAGUACCUUCAUAUACCCAGGGGAAUCAUUCAUUUCUCGUUCUGGACUAAAAACUUGGGAAUUUUAACAUCUCUGAGGAUAGGACACGAUAAUUCAGGUUUAACCCCAAACUGGCUGGUGGAGCAUGUUUUGAUCAAGAACGAAUUCACCGGACACAGCUACAAGUUCCCCUGUGGAAGAUGGCUGGGUAAGAAUAUAGAUGAUGGUAGUACUGAGAGAUAUCUGGUAUCAACAGAGAUCCCUGGAGUUCCCAGCUGCAUGGAAAUGAGAGAAAUCGUCAAGGAUUGUGCUGGGCCCCUUUCAACCCCCUCUCCUGCACUCUCCCUUCGGACUACAGGCUCCAGUCCUGAUGAUGUUGAGAUACAGACAACGUUGGGGGAAGCUAUUAAUAGAUUAAUAAAACAUCAUCACAAGAGUUUGAAAGAGAAGGUGUCCUGGGCCCAGCUGAUGUGUGGAGAACUAGGCCUAGUCCAUGCACUUAUCCAGGUUUUCUCCUUUGGAUUCAAAUCUGCCAGAUUAUUUGGACGAAACCUUACGGUUUGGGACUUUUUUCUCAAGGUAACAUUUGAUUUCAACCAAUCACAGGGCUCCUCUGCACUCAACUCUUCACCUCAAGCCUCACCCAGGAAAAGCUCUGAUAGGCAGACAAGUACAGUACCACGUACUACACAAUUAAGAAGGAUGUACACGAGACUUAUUACAAGGAUUGAAACUACAUGUACCCGACUCGGUAAGGAUGAUAAGUUCCAGCUGUUUGUGUGUCUGGCAGUUCAUGAUCGUCUUCUACAGAGGAUAGUAGCGGAUCUAACCAAAGCAGUGGCAGCUAUUCAACUUUACGAUGAAUUUAGUUUUCUCAGGGAUCCGACCCUGGCUGGUUUUAUCAUCCAUGUAUUGGAGGCGUUAACCCCUGUUGAGGUCCCGGUAGAUCCAGCCAUGAAGAAAACUCUAGAACUUCAGUAAUUUACAAUACUUAAAACCACCCCCUUCCUGAUAACUAUAUCUAGAGAACUCUAGAACUUCAGUAAUCUACAAUCUACAAAACCACACCCUUCCUGAUAACUAUAUCUAGAGAACUCUAGAACUUCAGUAAUCUACAAUCCACAAAACCACACCCUUCCUGAUAACUAUAUCUAGAGAACUCUAGAAUUUCAGUAAUCUACAAAACCACCCCCUUGCUGAUAACUGUAUCUAGAGAACUCUAGAACUUCAGUAAUCUACAAUCUAAAAAACACCCCCUUGCUGAUAACUAUCUAGAGAACUCCAGAACUUCAGUAAUCUACAAUCUACAAAACCACAC